AUGGAGACUCUGAGACGAGCACCAGCUUUCAAGUUCUGGGAGAGUAUGUCGGACACUGGAUAUAGAAAACACGUUGCAAGUUUUCUCCAUCGUUGGGUUGGGUUCGUAUAUUGCAUCGCCGGAAACGGGAUGAUAGUUUCAGGAUGGGAAGAGACACAGGCUGGUGCCAAGGCGUCCGUCUGUGGGUGGCGUCGCCUUGCACGGCAUGCAUACACCGUCGGCAUCAGCGUUGCAUGGACGCUUUGCGAUUUGGACGAAGAAAAGAGAGGAUAG